AUGUGGCAGCGGGUGACUCGGCCAGCGAUGGCCCGAAGGAGGUUGACGCAGCUGGCGAACUUCAUCAUCUGCGCCGCCAUCCCAGUGUGCGAGACCUGCAGCCAAUGGACUGCUGGCCUUGCGUUGCUGAGGGAGAUGGGCCGCCAGAGAGUCAUCGACUUCGACCUGGCUGGCAGGCUUCCGUGUGACGCCAUCCUGUGCGCGGCGCAGCGGCGAGAGCCUGCGAGCCCAACUGGCGCCUUGCAGCGGGUGGUUGGCGGAUGGGCGAGGGCGGGCCCUUUGGACCUACAGCCGCAGUUUCGGUUCGUUCGCCCGGCCACCACUGGUCUGUCGCUGGCGACGCGCGGCGCGGCUUCGCCGCGCAGCCGGGCCAUCGCCUUCGCUUGGGUGAGGUCAGCUUCAUGGCAGCUAGCGCUCCAGCACUUGCAGUCGCCGCUCAAUGAGCUCAACGAUCGGAUCAUCGUCUACAAUUCGGUGAUGAGCGCCUGUGCCCGCGCGGCGCGCUGGCGUCUCGUGCAGCUUCUGCUGGCGGAAGUGGAGGCGUCAGAGUUCGAUGCCACGCAGGUGACGUACAACGUGGCCAUCCGCGCCUGCGAGCGUUGCAGCCGCUGGGAGCAGGCGCUGGCCUUUCUGGAUGGCUUCCAGGCGCUCACGUUGCAAGCCGACCUCAUCUCCCACAACACGGCAAUCAGCGCCUGCGCUCGGGGCAUCCAAUGGAGCCAUGCCCUGGACCUUUUGGCGGCCUUGGAGGACCAUGGCCUGCAGGCGGACGGGGUGUCCUACAACGCCGCCAUCAACGCCUGCGGUGAUUUGCACUGGCCGCGGGCCAUGGCCUUGCUACAGGAGAUGGCUGACAAGGAGCUGCUACCCGACCUGGUCUCCUACAACACGGCCCUGGGCCUGUGCCCCGGUCCGCACGUCCGGCGGCUCCUGUCCGCCAUGUCCUCCCGGCAGCUGCGCCCGGACGCCAUCGGCCUCCGCGCCGCGCUGGGAAUCGGAAGCGGAAGCGGAAGCUGGGAGGAGUCCUGGGCGACCUGGACACUUCUGCAGGCCGGCGGCGCCGAGAAAAGCCGCCGGCCCAUCGACGGCAGCUGGUGCCAGGUGCUCAGCUGGAUCCACAGCAUGCGCCGAAACCAGCAGCAGCCGGACAUCGUCAGCUGCAACAAAGUGGCCGGAGGAGAGUGGCAGAAGGCGUUCUCAAUCCCGGCGCUGCGAAGGAUGGCCUUGCAGCCGGACUUGGUGUCCUACACCUCCCUUGUGAGAGCUGGCACUUGGGCUGCAGCGCUGCAGGUGGUGCUUGAGCUGAGUGCAGAUCUGCGGGCGGAUGUCAUCUUCAUGAACGCAGCCACUGGUGCCCUGGAAGAGGCGAGCCGUUGGCAGGAGGCGGGCACCUUGCUGGAGAAGCUGCAGGUGGGCGGUCUGGAUGCUGACAACAUCACGCUGAGUGCGGUGCUGGGCGCUUGCGGGAGGUGCUCAAAGUGGGAGCAUGCGCUGACCCUUCCACCGGAUGGCACGGUGAGCACCUUGACCGCGAAUGCCGUGAUCAGCGCUUUGGAGAAAGCCGGGCGGUGGCAAUGGGCGCUGUCGCAGCUCGCGGGGCUCCAAGUUGCGCGCCUGGCGGACGUGGUCAGCUGCAACACAGCGCUCAGCGCCUGCCAGAGGGGCCAGCGCUGGAAGCAGGUGUUAUGGCUGCUCGCGGAAGCCGAGACAUGGGCGCUGGAGCUGGACGUCAUCGGCUACAGCACCGCCAUGAGCGCCUGCGAUUGGCAACGGGGCCUUCUUCUGCUGGCGGAGAUGCAGGCGGUGUUGGUGGAAUGCAACGUCGUGGCAUGCAACGCGGUGAUGAGUGCAUGCGAAAAGGCGGGGCAGUGGCAGUUCGCCUGCCUCUUGCUCUCUUCCAUGGAGCCGGACAUCAUCAGCUACAGCGCGGCUUGCAGCGCCUGCGAGAAGUGUGGGCGCUGGGAGCAGGCCCUCUCGCUGUUGCACCAAGCCUCCGUUCAAAACGGACUUGACAGCGUGAUCUUUGGGGCGGCUAUCAGCGCCUGCGAGAAAGGUCAGCGAUGGCAGCACGCCUUGGCAGUAUUAGGUGAUGCGAGUGAUGCGGGGUGUGCCAACUUGAUCACCUUCAACGCCUCCAUCAGCGCCUGUGAGAAGGGCUCGCAGUGGGUGGCGGCCUUGAGCCUCCUCCAAAGCCUCCGCGCGGCGCGGCUCAGCUCCGACGUGAUCUCCCACAACGCGGCGCUCUCGGCGCUGCAGAAGGGCAAGCGCUGGAGGGAGGUGCUUCUCCUUUUCUCUCAGCUGCACUCAAAGCGGACGGCGAGCGUAAUUGCCCACAGCAACGUGGUGCUCGCGUGCGAUGGCCGCAGGCCGCAGGAGAUGCAGCGCCUUUCGGACUCCCUGGAUGCCAUGGUCUGCGGCAUGCUCGUUCGAGUGACGGGAAAAUUGGCCAGAAGGCAGCACACGCGGACCCAGAUCCAAGUGAACCUGGCAGACUUGGCGGUGGCCAACCAGCUGAUCAGCGCGCUUGGCCAGCGAAAGCAGUGGCAGCAAGCCCUGGAGGUUUUGUUCAAGCUGGACUCACCAGACGUGGUGUCCUACAAUGCAGCCAUCACCAGCUGCGGCCGGGGUGGCGAGUGGCAAAUGGCCCUUCUGGUGCUGCAAAGGCUGGUGCUGGAAGUCCCCGGACUUCAAGCAGACGUCAUUAGCUUCAACGCGGCCUUGCGUGCUGCCGCCGAGUGGCGCCGUGCGCUGCAUCUGUUUGGACGCCUCAGGCCCAAGUUUGCGCCUGACGUGAUCACCUACAGCCUCUUGAUCGGCGCCUGUGAGGGUCAGUGCUGGGAACCGGUACUGCUUCUAUUGCAGGAGCUGAAAGAUGAUCAGCUCGAGGCGGACGUUAUCAGCUACAACAGCUCCAUCAGCGCCUGUGGCAAAGCCGCGCAGUGGCAGCGUGCCGUCGCCUUGUUGGACGAGAUGCGCCAUGCAGACACCAUCUCCCACAACGCGGUGCUCAAUGCGCUGGGCAGGGGGUCCGAGUGGGAAAGGGCCUUGCAGCUCUUUGGGAGCCUCCAGAGCAAUCAGAUCCAGGCCAGCCUAGUCACCUACAACGCCGCCAUCAGCAGCUGCGAAAAGGCCGGAAGGUGGCAAAGCGCCUUAGAAUUUCUUGGCCUGCUCAGCUCUGUGAGCGUCCAGGCGGAUGUCAUCUCCUACAACUCCACCAUGAUGGCCUGUCAAAGGGCAGAACAGUGGCAACAAGCAAUCGGACUGCUGGCAUCGCUUUACCAGGUGAUGCUGCAGCCGGAUGAUUUCACGCACUCUGCUGCCCUCAUGGCCCUUGGAUCUGGCAGACAGUGGCAUGCGGUUCUAGACCUGUUGGCCCAACUGCGUUGCACCACCGCCGUGAACGCCGCCUUGGCUGCCCUAGCCGCGGCCGGGCAAUGGCUGCAGGUGCUAAAGCUCUGGCGGGACAUGCGGCCAGAUGUGGUCACCUGCAGCACCGCCAUCGCUGCGAGUGAGGAGUCGGAGAAUUGGCCUCUGGCUUUGUGGCUGCUGGCGGAUGCACGCAAGAGGCAUGUGCAGUUGGACAUCAUUUCGUACACUGCCGCAAUCAGCGCCUGCGGCAAAUGUGGCAAUUGGCAGCAGGCCUUGGUGUUACUCAGGCAGCUGGUGGAGGGCUCUUUGCGGCAGAAUGCCAUAAGCUUGAACGCCACAAUCAGCGCCUGUGAGAAGGGCGCCCAAUGGCAGAGAGCCGUUUGGCUGCUGCACACCGCGAAGAAGGAGAAGCUGCAGACCGACUUGGUGUCCUUCAAUUCCAGCAUCAGUGCUUGCGAGAAGGGCAGCCAGUGGCAGCAAGCCUUGCUCUUGCUCAGGGAAGCCCAGAAGGUGGGGCAGAGUGACGUCAUCACCUACAGCGCCAGCAUGAGCUCCUGCAACCAGGGAAGCGCGUGGCAGCUGGUGCUGGCGCUUCUGGAUGAGCUGGAGCCACAGAAGGUGAGGCCCAACUCCGUGACCUUCAACGCGGCCAUCAGCGCGCUGGGCAAGGGCAAGAAGUGGCGCCGGGCGCUGCUGAUGUUUCAGGAGCUCGGCUUCCGCUCCGUGCGCGCGGACAUUUUGACCUACCAUGUGACGAUGAGCGCCUGCGGGGCCUGCGAUUAUUGGCGCCACGCCUUGCGCCUGCUGCGGGACAUGGCGCGUGCGAAGGUGGAGGCCAACGCCGUGACCCUCAACGUGGCAGUGAGCGCCUGUGAGAGGACCCUCCAGCCUUGCACCCACAAGGAGCACCAGGUGGCUUGCAACGCGGGGAUCCACGCGUGCCAGCGGUGCAGCCACUGGCGCCAAGGGCUUCGCCUCUUUGCGGAGGUGAAGGCCAACGUCGCGAGCUUCACCGCUGCGUUCUCCUUCGAAGGGCGCCGCUGGCGGCCCUGGAUGGUAGCGGAGAUGCAGCGUCUCGCGACCAAAGGCUACGUGGUCUUGAAGGGUGUGGGCUAUCACCGGAGGCCAGGCCUCGCGCCGGCAGCGGCCACCGCGCGGGUCGGUCAGUUGGGCCGGGCCAGGCAGUGGCGAGCCUGCUUGGAGGUUCUUUCGCACUUGGGCCGUGCUGGCUCGGAGCUGAACAUCAUCACCUGCAAUGCCGCAAUCGCCGCGACUAGGAGAGAUGCCUGGCCGGUAGCGUUGCAGCUGGCUGCGUGCAGUGAGGCAGACCUUGUCACCUACAACACGGCCGUCAGCAACUUGGAGUGGCCCAAGGCCUUGGCACUGCUCGGAUCCAUGACGAUUGCGCGUGUGCGCCCGGACGACGUCACCUGGAACUCCGCGAAGUUGGGCUGGUCCUGGGUCUUGGGCCGUAUCCGCGAACAUCCGGACCUGGUCACGUUUGGUGUCCUGGCGGCCGGCUGCGCCAAAAAGGCGCAGUGGCGACAGGCGCUGCUGAGCCGAGCACGGCAGAUGGGGGUGCAAGCCGAUCUGAUGAUCAUCUUCAACUCGAUGGGCAACGCUUGCGCCAAGGGCAUGCGGUGGAGGGAGAGCCAGGCGUUGAUCGCAGGCCUGGCAGCUGCUGGGGUGCAGCCAGAUGAGGUGACCUGCACUGCUGCCAUCACCGCCUCCUGGGAAGUGGCGCUGGGAGUUUGGCAUCAGCUGCGGGCGGCGGCCUUGCGUCGCAGCGCCGUCACGGGGAAUUCCUUGCUGAACGUGCUGCCUGGGUGGGAGCAGGCAGUAGCAACCCUUUGGGCGCUGGAGGAGAUGGAUGUGGUGUCCUACAACACUGCAAUCAAGCUUUGCGGGGCUACCUGGGAGGUUGCCCUUGCUUUGCUGCAGGCCCUUGAGCGCCAACGUCUGAAACCAGAUGGUUUCACCUUCAGCGCGGCGCUGAAGUCUUGCGAGAUGGCGGGCCAGUGGUGGCCGGCUUUGCAGCUGCUGCAGGACUUCGAGCAGCGGUUCCCUCCGAGCUUGGUGGUCAGGAACGCGGCCAUCAGUGCAUGCGCGGUGGAUGAGGGUUGGCAGCAUGCACUUGCUCUGUUGGAGUCUUGCUGCAGACGGGAGUUGGUGCCGGACCUGGUGACAUACGGUGCCGCCUUGUCUGCCUGCGACAGUGGCAGGCAGCAUGCCAUCGCGCUGGCGUUGCUGAAGAGGCUGCCGCUGGCGUCUCUGCAGGCGGACGUGGUGGCCUGUGGCGCAGCCAUCAGCGCCUGCGGCAGCAGCUGGCAGACCAGCGAGGCUCUACGGCUGCUGGGGCAGCUGCGAGACCAGCGGCUGGAGGCCAGCUGUGCCUUGGCCAACGCCGCCGUGGACGCCUGCGCCAAGCGCGGCUGGUGGGAGAUGGCCUGCGCUUUGCUCGGGGAAAUCCAGGCGGAGGCGCUGGAGAUCGAGGCUUAG